AGAAAUAGCUGUGUCAGAGGUCACAUCCGGAAGGGCAGCUAAUUGAGGGGGUGACGUGAAAUGUGAAAACAAAUUCUGACUACUUUUCUAUUUUUACAAAAAAGUUCAUUUUCUCACAUAGUUAAGAAGUUUUAAAUUAACAUCACUCGCCAGCAAUUUUUUUCACACCAUGGCGGCAUCCGCUGGUGCCUCCGUUAUUCCUAGGAAGGAUGGAUUUUAUGAUAAAUACAUACGCAAUUACCAAAUUCUUACACAAACACAGCUGAAAAAAUUAAUGGAGCACAAAUACAGCGCCGAAGGAACGUCAAUUAUUGAGCCUCCAAUGCAGAUAUUUUGGAAGUGGGUAGUGGAACAGCUUCCCCUCUGGUGGGCUCCUAAUGCAAUUACAAUUGUUGGCUUAAUUGUCAAUGUUAUGACAACACUUAUUCUAGCAUUUUACAGCCCUGACUGCAAGCAAGAGGCACCUAGAUGGGCUUAUUUUCUCAGCUGUCUUGGACUGUUUGUAUACCAAACUCUUGAUGCCAUAGAUGGGAAACAAGCUCGAAGAACCCAGUCUAGUUCUCCCCUAGGAGAGUUGUUUGAUCAUGGCUGUGAUUCCAUAUCUACUGGUACUGUCAUAUUGGGUGCUAGUAUAACAAUGCAGUUGGGGUACACACCUGGAUGGUUGUUGUUUGAAAAUCUGGCAGCUUAUGUUUUAUUUUACUGUGCACAUUGGCAGACCUAUGUGUGUGGCACAUUGAAAUUUGGAAAAAUUGAUGUCACUGAAGGACAGUUGAUGGUUAUGCUUGUUUAUUUUUUGGCAGGAGUUUUUGGUCCACAAUUCUGGUCAUAUGAGCUACCUCUCGUUCAUAUAGAGUUGAAAAUGCUGCCAAUUUACUUCAGUCUACUGGGGGCAGCACUUCAAAUGACAUCAGCAUUUAAAGUUAUACUUUUACAAGGGGGUGUUGGAAAAAAUGGUUCAACUGUUGCGGGUACCAGCACCAUUUUUCCUGUUGUUCCCAUAACUGUUGUAGUCUUGUUAGCUUUUAUGAUCCAACAGAAAUCACCUUCUAUGUUGUUUGAAAAUAACCCUUGCCUCUUUCUGCUAGCAUUUGGAUUUCUAGCAGCUAAAAUUACUAAUAGACUUGUGGUAGCUCACAUGACUAAAAGUGAAAUGGAUUUUUGGGACACUGGUCUACUAGGACCAGGAGCACUUUUCCUAAAUCAAUAUUUCAACUGUUGGUUGAAUGAAUAUUAUGUUUUAUGGCUCUGCCUGCUGUGGGUUACAUUUGAUAUAUUGAGAUACUCAGCCAGUGUAUGUCAAGAAAUCUGUGAAUAUCUUCAGAUCUACUGUUUCACCAUAACAUCUAAGCCUCCUUCAAAUAAAAAAAAUGAUACAAAAAAUGGUGUCUUUAGUUAAAAGUUUUUGAACAAGUUGGACCACGUAAUUCAUGUAUUAUUCAAUAAAACUUAAUUUAUCUGUAUAUUUAUGUAGCUAAUUUCCUCAUAUAUGUAUUUUAAGUUGUGGCGUGGUACAUAUGUAGAUUAGUCCCUCUGUUGAGCAAUCAGAUGUUAAAAGUGAAACAUCAUUCCACUUUGUUCAUUUAAAAAUUCUUUAAAUACGACACUGUGUACAUCUUUAUUUUUAAGAAUAGGCCAAUGUGUGUUGUAAAAGCAAUUAGGUAUAUAUAUAUAUAUAUUACUUUUUUAUUGACCUGUUUAUAUAUUUGUUAAAAUUUAUUUAAUUUCAAAGCACAAGAAUUAUUUUUAAGGGAGCUAGAAAAUAGUUGGUUUUCAAAAUUAAAGCUUUAACUAUACAUUUCAUUUUUGUUAUCAAAUAGAAUAAAUAAUGAAAUUUAGAACAAAAGGAAGUGUAACUUUACGAAGAAAUUAAUAAACAACAAACUUACAAUUGGAUAAUCGUAUUGUAUUUAUUUUAUUUUUUAAAAUUUUAAAUUCAGGAACACUUCAAUUUAUUUUUGCUUUUGUUGUUAAUUUUAAAAUUAAACUGCCUUCAAGUGGACAUUACUUUUGCUAAAUGACUAAAAAUUAACAUUUUUCUUGCUUUUAUAUCUAGAACAAUAGGCAUUUAGUCAAUCUGAAGUUUAAAAGCUUUUGUAACACUAGUCUUAGGGAUCUCUAGUUGUUUUCUAGAUGGUUUUCUGUGAAGUGACUCAGGAUUUUAAUUAGUAUCUCAAUAAUGUAUAAUUAAGCAAUUUAAAAUACAUUAAUUUAAUGUAAUCAUGACAUUUCUUUAUAAAUAAUCAAAUGGAAUAAAAAAUCCAAAUUUAUUUUUAAAAACUGGUGUUUUAUAGCAAUGCAAGAUUAGAAUACUUUUAUGUUAUGAAAAAAUAUACCUUCUUAUUUACUCAUUUUCUUUUUAAUACCAUUUUAGUUUCAUUUAUUUCCUUUUUCAGGAUUAAUUAUCAAACUAAGAUGUUAAAUAAUUAGUAUUCUCUCACAAAAAUCAAUAAAUGAUAGUUCUCUUGUUUUUAAGCUUUUGGUAUUAUUGAAGUCUUUAAUAUAUAAUCUUUUUCUUGUUAACUCUGCUAACAUGUACGACAAUAAUUUCAAAGAAAGCCUUCAGAUCUUAAAUUUUAUAAUUCAGCACUUUGCUUGUAGAUCUACAAGUUUAAAAAAAUUACAGACCUACAGCCUUUAUUUUUAACAGCUCUCCCAGAAAUGAAAAAAAUUGAGCCUUGUUUUUGUCAUGUAUGUUUUACCAGAAAUGUAACAAAUUAUUUUAGAGAAAUUGCGCUUAAAAUUGAGGAUUAAACAGCAACUUCAACUGACAGUGGGUUAUGUUUUACAUAACUACUAUGUUCUUUUAUAAAGGUCUUAAAUAUUUUUUUAUUCAUAGAAUGGCGUAAGUAGUUUUCUGAUGAGGAACAGUAAAAUGAAUAGUUUUGGAUUUAAAAAAGGCUCUUGGUUAGCAUUCAGUGAAAAAAUGUGUUAUAAAUGGAUGAACUAGAUUAAUUAAAUUUAGUAAUAUCUACUUAUCUUUACCAUUUUUUUUUGCUAAAAUAUUUAAACUUUUGUAUUUGUCUAUAUCUAUUCAAUUACUGGGUUUAUAGCUUUUUAAUCAGAAAUCUUCUGAUUCUAAUAAAAUACAGGUUCAUAUAUGAAUUCAUUAUCAAACAAAAUAUGAAUCUCUGAACUCUUAAGGAAUUUGCAAUAACAUUUUUUAUAGGUUUGUAACUUUUGUUAGUAAAUUGUUAAAUGUAAACUUUCUGUUAACUUGUCAGUAUUUUGUAAAAGUCCUCUCUGCUGAAGACAUUUUAUACAUUUACAAAUCAUGAAGCAUUAAUUUAUUACAUUGAGUCAUUUUCAGACAGUUGCCAAUUGAAGUCAAAUACAUCAACUCCUUUGUUCCACCUCCAACAUCCCCUAAUUCUUUCUGUCUCUGUAUAUUUAUUUGCCUUACCUUAUACAAGUUGAACCUUUAUUAACAUAACUGCAUGUCAUUCUAACAUUGACCUCAAACAUUCUAGUUAUAAAACUACAAUGUGAAUUUCCCAUUGGAUUGUUUUCGUUACAUCAAUUUGCAUUCACUUCAUUCAGUGUUUUUAGAGCUUAUCCCAAGAAAAUGCAGUAUGGUAUAGGCAGCUUCCAUAAAUAAUGCCCAGAGUUAAUCCUUCCUAUAGUUUGGUGGUGGGUAAAUCUAUUUAUGUAUAUAGAGUGAUAUGCUUUGUAAACCCCCAUACACAGAUGGCAUUUACCCCUAGCAUUUAAGGAAGCUGCACUAGUAUAGUUUUUGUAUAACAAUAUUUGAAGACAAAGUUAUAAAGAUUCUAAACAUUUCAAGGUUUAAGACUUGCUCUAGUAUAAUAGGCAAACACAUUGUAAUAUGGAUUACUGUUUUUCUUAAUUUCAUAUACUUCAUCAGUGUGUCAUAAAUAAACAUGGUCUUAUUUCC